AUGUGCAGACGGGUGGGUGGGAAGCACCAGCCCCGAGAAGCACUUCCGUUGACUUUCUUUACCAGAGCAGGCCGAGGAAGCCCAGGCGCCGCCGGCGACCCUGGCUGCCUCUCUCCCCCCGCGGAUGCGCUGCCUCCUCCCGCUCCACAGACGGGGCUGCCCGGGCGCCUGGUGGCAGGGAGUUGCAGCGGCUGGAACUGCUGCGGGGAUUGGCCAGAUCCCGGCCGCCCUCUGCCUCCAUGUGACGGGGGACGUAGGAGGAAGGCGCAAGGAGAGAGAGAGAGCCAGACAGAGAGGGAGAUGGAGGGAAGGGAGCAGGACGGAGGAGGGAGGAGAGGAGCCAAGCGAGCCGACGACGAGAGCCAUGGAGGUCCAGAGGAGCCGAGGCCGGCCAAGGGGCGCUUCAGGCCCGGGCUGGGCUUGCAGUUGGAUAUGGAGAGCCAAAGAACAUCCGUUCUCCACCGGGUGGUCAAUUUCGCCCCCAGUCCUCUCCCUGCUAGGCAGUAUGACACAAAGACCACUGAGCCAAUCAGCUUCUACCUCUCUGGCUUGGAAGAGCUGCUCUCCUGGAAGCCCACAAGUGACGAUGCUUUCAACGUGUCCACAGAGCCUCUGGCCAAACACGAGCCUCCUUUCAACAGCCGUAGGCUCCGCACGCUGGUGUGCCACGAUAUGAAGGGAGGUUACCUGGAAGACAGGUUCAUCCAAGGCGCAUCGGUGGAUGACCCCUUUGUGUUCUACCACUGGUGCUACAUUGACAUAUUUGUUUACUUCAGUCAUCACAACGUUACCAUCCCACCUGUGGUCUGGACUAAUGCUGCUCACUGUAAUGGAGUCCUCAUGCUAGGGACCUUCAUCACAGAGUGGGGAGACGGUGCAAAGAUGUGUGAGUCCUUCUUGGCAAGCGAGGAAGCGUACCGCGCUGUGGCUGAUCAGCUGGCUGCGAUUGCGCAGUUCUAUCGUUUUGAUGGUUGGCUGGUCAACAUUGAGAACUCUCUGAGUGUGUCGGCAGCGCGUAACUUGGUCCACUUCUUGCGCUAUCUGACGGCCCAGGUGCACAGAGCUGUGCCGGGAGGGCAGGUGGUGUGGUAUGACAGUGUCCUGCAGAACGGGGAGCUCAAGUGGCAGAACGAGCUGAACGAGAAGAACCGGGUUUACUUUGACGCCUGUGACGGUUUCUUCACCAACUACAACUGGACAGAGGAGCACCUGCUGCGUACGCGAGAGAUGGCCGACGACCGCCGGGUGGACAUCUAUGUGGGCGUGGACGUGUUCGGCCGUGGGGUUGUGGUGAGCAGCGGCUUUGACACAAACAAGUCUCUGCGCAUGAUUCAGGAGCAGGGCCUCUCGGUGGCCAUUUUUGCACCUGGCUGGGUAUAUGAGACCUUAGGCCCGACUGACUUUCUGAACAACGAGGACAAAUUCUGGGCCCUGCUCUCCGAUCUGCUGCCCACUCACAGCAUUGGCUCCCUCCCCUUCACCACCUCUUUCUCCCUGGGGAUGGGGAAGAGGCACUUCCACAAUGGGCAGGAGAGUAGGAUGGAGCCCUGGUACCACCUGAGUGCUCAGAAGGUCCAGCCAGUGUACACUGAGUUCUGGAUGCCCAAUGGGGGCCGACUGAGAACGCGCUGCUGCAUGCAGGAUGCCUGGUGUGGGGGCAGCUCCCUGCUGCUGGAAGGGACCGUCCCGUCCAAUGAAGAUCACGUCACAGCCAGGCUGUUUUCCUUCCAGGUGCCAGCACCCCCCCGACUAUUCCUGGUCAUAAUUUAUAAACACGAGGCCUCUUCCCAAGGCGUGAGCUUUGCACCGGUGUUCACCACGCGGCAGUCAAGUUCCUGUUUCUCCAGCGGCGAGUCGGGAGAACCAAGGAAGCACAAACCCUCCCUGCUCCCCACACCUCCCCAUCACCUUGCUCCGCUGCUCAGGGGGACAGGACUGCGUGGGGAACAUGACUGGCAAAGUCGAUGCUAUGAGCUGGAGCUCCAGAACUGCUUCCUGGACCAACUUUCAGUGACCAUGUCGCGUCGCCAGUCUGGCCAGAAUGAGGUGCCCUUUGAAUGCCGCCUGGGCAGGAUCUGGGUGCUGGAUGCCACUGCUUUGCGCCCGCUGCCAUCCGCUGAUGCUGCCAUCCCAGUGUCACCUUUAGAAGUUGCCCAUAUCCGUUGGCAACGACUUUCAGCUGGAGAGCUCUCCCUCAGCCUCACUUUGCGCUGGACCUAUCCUCCCAGCAAGGCCACCUGCUUCCGCGUUCACUACCGCAGGGGCUCAUGCGGCAGUGGUCCCGAACCUCGCCUGGUCCCAAUCGGGGUGGCGUAUGCCCCCCAGUACCGGGUGACUGAGCUGACCGUGCCUGGCGCCCUUUCUGAGUCUUCCUGCCGCUUGGAGUUCCUUGUGGAGCCGGUGCCCGACGAUGGGUUCCAGGUAGACGCUGCAUUGUGGGGGAAACUGGUCUUUGUGUACUCUGAUCCAAAGCUACCCAGUCCUGGCCCAGCGCCUGAAGGAACCUCAUCCAGUUGAUUUACAUUUGGAUCCUAGUGGACAAUGCCCUUCUCCGCUUCCCAGAUCUUGUGCUAUUUUUAAAGAGGGAAGAAGGCUUUUUAUUGAAGGCACUGGCACUCGCGUGCUCGGGCAUCAGAAGCCCAACCACAGAUAAUUCAGUAUCCAAAGAUAACUUUUCAUUGGGGAAACCACUUUAGAGGAAUAGUUAUCAUGCACUAGAACAACAACAACAACAAAAUAUUUCAGGGAAGUACACCCCAACAAAACAAUUCCACACUGUACUUGUGAUAUGGGCUACAGAACAGGCUUAUUAAGUCACAUUAAACUCUGAAAACAUCCAUUUUAAAAACCUGUACCGAUAGUUACCUAUCACGUGGGCUGAAACAACUCGAAUUGCAGCUUUUUUGAUGCUGAAGUAAUGUGCAUAUUUUAUCAUUGACAUAAACUGAUAAAGCCAGGGCAGAGGCAGGGUGAGUGGCCUAGCUGGCAUGAGCCUAUGAUUUUGAGGGGCCUGCUUUCAAGUUCCCCUGUUAGAGGCAAAGGGGGGACCCAUUGGAAAAGAUUAUUGAAAUGGGGCCUUCAUUUCCCAUCUGGCCUGGGUCUAUUACCAGCUUUGCACGGCCCUGGAUAAAGCUGCCAGUUCUCAUCACCAACACAUUUUCAGCAAAACCUAACUGGGAGACUGUAGCUUUUGAAUGCAAUCAAAUCUCUAAAUUUCUUUUGCCCUGAGAAAAUUCAUGAUAACAUACAUCCCCACCCCUUCAAUCUAUUCUACAUUUCUUAUUUAUAAGGAAACUUUAAUUAUGACAAUGUAUCAGGCACUUACCUAAGAAAACUGAAGCCACAGGAACGUAUUUUGGAUGAAUAGCUUCAAAAAGAGUAGCCCUUAAGGGUGGAAAAAGUACACAUGGGAGAAUUCUGAAGUGUUCUAGUACCUGGUGAAUUUCUGCCUGCUCCUUCAGACUGAUUUUUUUUUUAAAAAAUUGCUCUGCUUGAAUAGAGUUUAUAUGACUAAGGAAGACAUGCAAGUGAAAACGGGUCUGGCAGAUGAACUGCUUUUCUACAAAAUAUGUUCGUGACUGGUGAUUUACAUUGACACUUUUUACCUCCUGUGUCUUAUGAAAUGAUAAAAUGUGUGCUUCAUUACUUUUUUGCAUUAGGAGCUCUGGAUAUGCUGAUACCCUUAAACUGCAUAGUGACGCACAACAAUUCGCAACACGGUUAUUUAUUUAUUUUUCAAAAUUUCUUUAAAGGAAUGCUUUUAGUAGCAUGUUGCAACUUUUAAUGAACUCUGUCCUUGUGCAAUUUUGAGCCCUAACAUUGAAAUACAAUAUAGUUGCUGUCUCGCGCCGGAAGUGCCUUCAUGGAGACAGCAAGUGAUUUAUACAGUGGAAUAGCUCCAUGUUCAAGGCAAGGUGCUAAACUCCAGAAAUUUAAGAGGGAAGUUGGAAUAGCCUUUUUUUUUUAGUACUAUAGGGAUGGAGAUGUGUGCAUUUUCAUAAGGUCUUAAAUGGAUGACAUAAGGGAAAAAAGGAACGCAGAGAGUUUUGAAUAUGUAUAUUUCUAUAAUUACAAUACCAAAAUCUUAAGGCUAAUCAACCAUAAUUGACAUAUUGGACAAUCACCGUGUUUAUUUGCACACCAAAUUCUUACUCUAUUCUAAAGUUUAUUUUACUAUAUCUUAAAGAGUCAGAGCUAUUUAUAACUUCCACUAUUUCCCUACUUUUUUUUGAGCUACUAAUAAAUUCACAAUAAAUGUC